CCGCCCGCGGGCUCUGGGGCUCGGCAACGCCGCUCCGAGGCAACGGGGCCACGCCGGGGGGCCGGGGAGCCGCCCAGUGUCACCGAGACGCCGGUUCCCUCGGGCAGCAGCAGCCGAUGUGGCAAAGCUCCGAGCGGCGUUUUCGGCCUGGUGGGCGCAGGGAGCCGGAGGAGGAAGGAGCGGCGAGGAGCCCCGAGCAGCAGCGCAGAGGCUGCGGAAUUCCCCCCGGCACAGCCCCUCCGUGAUCCGCCCAGCACCCCGGGCCCGGCCGAAGCCUCGCUCCAUCAUCCCCCAGCUCUGCCCGGCGCUCCAGCGUCCCAGGGCCGUGUCCUGCUGUGGUUUAGGACAGGGAUGUGGUGCCAGCGGCUGGCGUGGCUGCUCCGGGGGCGGCGUGGGAGCCCCGCACAUGGCUGGCCGCGGCUGCCCCGGGACCGCGGGCCCGUCCUGGCUGCCCCGGCGCGCUGCCGCCCCACGGCCCCGGCGUCGCCCUGCGCUGCCUGGCAGCUGCACCAGGACCAUCUCGAGCUGAGGUACGGGAGCACCGUGAUGCGCCUGGAUUUCGUGUGGCUGCGGGACCACUGCCGCUCUGCCUCCUGCUACAACACCAAGACCAAGCAGCGCAGCCUGGACACGGCCAGCGUGGACCUGGCCAUCCGGCCCCAGGCUGUGCGGGUGGAUGAGACCACGCUCUUCCUCACCUGGCCGGAUGGACACGUGACACGGUACGGGCUGGAGUGGCUGGUGAGGAACAGCUACGAGGGGCAGAAGCAGCAGGUCAUGCACCCCCGCAUCCUCUGGAAUGCUGAGAUCUACCGGCAAGCCCAGGUCCCCUCCAUCGACUGCCGGAGCUUCCUGGAGACAGACGAAGGUCUGAAGGAAUUCAUGCAGAACUUCUUGUUGUACGGGAUUGCUUUUGUGGAGAAUGUCUCUCCCACCAAAGAGGACACAAAAAUCUUGGCAGAGCGGAUCAGCAUAAUCAGGGAGACCAUUUAUGGCAGGAUGUGGUACUUCACCUCUGACUUCUCCCGGGGCGACACAGCCUACACCAAGCUGGCCCUGGACCGGCACACGGACACCACCUACUUCCAAGAGCCCUGCGGCAUCCAGGUGUUCCACUGCCUGAAGCACGAGGGCACGGGCGGGCGGACGCUGCUGGUGGACGGGUUCCACGCGGCCGAGCAGGUGCUGCGCCAGGCCCCGGAGCACUUUGAGCUGCUGGCCAGGGUGCCCCUCAAACACGAGUACGUGGAGAACGUGGGCGGCUGCCACAACCACAUGGUCGGAGUGGGGCCAGUGCUCAACGUCUACCCCUGGAACAACGAGCUUUACCUCAUCAGGUACAACAACUACGACCGUGCCGUGUUCAACACGGUUCCCCAUGACGUGGUGCGCCGCUGGUACCACGCGCACCGCGCCCUCACCGCCGAGCUGCGCCGGCCCGACAACGAGCUCUGGGUCAAGCUGAAGCCGGGCAAGGUCCUGUUUGUGGAUAACUGGCGUGUCCUGCACGGCCGGGAGGCGUUCACGGGCUACCGGCAGCUCUGCGGCUGUUACCUGACGAGGGACGAUGUGCUGAACACUGCCCGCCUGCUGGGGCUGCAGGCCUAGCCCAGCCCUCCAAGAGCCAGGCAGCCCCCAGUCCCACCUCUGGGAGAGGCAGGAGCCUCCCAGUCCCACUGCCAGGAGAGGCCAGCAGCCCCCAGUCCCACCUCUGGGAGAGGCAGGAGCCUCCCAAUCCCACUGCCAGGAGAGGCCAGAAGCCCCCAGUCCCACCUCUGGGAGAGGCAGGAGCCUCCAGUCCCACUGCCAGGAGAGGCCAGCAGCCCCUCAGUGCCCCCCUUGGGAGAGGCAGGAGCCUCCCAAUCCCACUGCCAGGACAGGCCAGCAGCCCCUGAGUGCCCCCCUGGGAGAGGCAGGAGCCUCCAGUUCCACUGCCAGGAGAGGCCAGCAGCCCCCAGUCCCACCUCUGGGAGAGGCAGGAGCCUCCAGUCCCACUGCCAGGAGAGGCCAGCAGCCCCCAGUCCCACCUCUGGGAGAGGCAGGAGCCUCCCAAUCCCACUGCCAGGAGAGGCCAGCAGCCCCUCAGUGCCCCCCUGGGAGAGGCAGGAGCCUCCAAUCCCACUGCCAGGAGAGGCCAGCAGCCCCUGAGUGCCCCCCCUGGGAGAGGCAGGAGCCUCCAGUUCCACUGCCAGGAGAGGCCAGCAGCCCCUGAGUGCCCCCCCUGGGAGAGGCAGGAGUCCCCAGUCCCACUGCCAGGAGAGGCCAGCAGCCCCUCAGUGCCCCCCUGGGAGAGGCAGGAGCCCCCAGCCCCGCUCCACACCAGGCCAGGUGAGCUGGUGCCUGCCCAGGUGCUCCAGGCCCUCUGUGCCAGUGCCUCACCUGCAGUACCUCAGACACCUGCACCCUCUCCAAGCCGCUCCCAGGGCCUGCUCAGGAGAGUGGGCAGGUGGGUACCAAAGGUUGUGGGAGUAUUUUUUUGCACCACGCUCUGCCUUUGAGCACAGGCAGCUCUUGCUGUCUGUGCUCCUUGCCUGGUCCUCUCAGUCAUGGUUAAUCCCACCACAGUAAGUGCUCCUCCAAGCAAGUGCCUUCAGGAUUUGGAAGCUGUGCAUUAUUCCGUUUGGCCUUUUCUUCAGCUGCCAGUUUUAGGGGACUUUCAGUAGAGCAGAAUGGAAAUCUCUGGGAUCUUGUCUCUUAUCACUGAUCCCAGCCAAGCUGCCUGAGAGAGGGCCUGGGGAGAUCCUGGUGUACUUCAGGCAUUUCUGAGAAGGUGUAGGUUGGAGAAGGAAAAGGGAAGCAGCAAGAUCUGCAUGUUGAGAAGCAGAGAUGACAAUGUUAGAUGAGGGAUUGAAUUCCCACUUUUCCUUGACUUUCAGUAGUGCCAUGCUGCUGUUCCUCUGUGUGUUGCACUGCACUCAUGUUGAGGGCAAUGCUCAGCAGCCCCAGGAUUUCUGACAAGCUUCCCACCGUGCUUCUUCUUCCAUCCUUUCUUAAGGAAUUGGUAUUAGGUCAUCAUCACACUCUGAUACAUGAACCUCA